GACAUCUCUUUCUCUUUCUCUCUCAUUCUCAUUCUCAAGCCGUUUUAGCGCCACCCUUUUAUCACUCAGCUUACAGCAAUCUAGCUCCAACCAAAUAAAGAGAGAGAGAGAGAGGGAUGAAUGCUUUAUUAGGGUUCUCAUAUUUGCUUCGUUUCAUCCACUGCUCCUCCUGAAACCCUGAAACCUCUCUUUUUCCUUCUCUUUUCUCUCUUCUCUUUCUCAAUAAUCCUCGGGAUCUGAUCUCUCUCUCUCUUCUUGCGAAUAGCAACUACUACUUGACGCAGUUGCUGAAAGCAAAGAGGUUUGAGGACAAGGAAGGAGGAGAUUCAGUUCAAUUCCCGAGGAAAACAGUUAACUUUCCACUUUUCUUUUCUUGUCUUUUUUGUCCGCUUGUGUCUCCUUGCCUUUCUUUCAGUGCUGUUUUUUUGUCUGGUUCUCUUGGAUUUCAUUUGACCAACUUGCUACAAAAAGGUUGUUCACGAAAGAUAGCUUAAACUAGUUUCUCAUCAACCUUGUAUAACUGAGGAUUUAGUGCUGUGAACGAAGUUUUUGGUUUCAUCAGAUCCGCACCGGAAUUCUACUAGUUACAUCCUUGGGGAGAGCAAUAUAUCAAGGUUUUAAUUCUUUGAGAGCAGAUAUGAACACAUUUUCACAUGUACCUCCGGGCUUUCGGUUUCACCCGACCGAUGAAGAGCUAGUUGGUUACUACCUUAGGAAAAAGGUAGCGUCUAAAAGAAUUGAUCUAGAUGUCAUCAAAGAUGUGGAUCUCUAUAAAAUUGAACCAUGGGAUCUCCAAGAAUUAUGCAAAAUAGGAACCGAUGAACAAAGUGACUGGUAUUUCUUCAGUCAUAAAGAUAAGAAAUAUCCAACUGGAACUCGCACCAAUAGAGCUACAAAAGCAGGAUUCUGGAAAGCCACGGGAAGAGACAAGGCAAUAUACUCUAAGCAUUGCCUGAUUGGCAUGAGAAAGACUCUGGUGUUUUACAAAGGUCGAGCCCCAAAUGGACAGAAGUCUGAUUGGAUCAUGCAUGAGUACAGGCUGGAAACUAAUGAAAAUGGAACUACUCCGGAAGAAGGGUGGGUUGUGUGUAGAGUGUUCAAGAAGAAAAUGGCAACAAUGCAGAAAGUGGGAGAGUAUGAUCAGUCACCCUGUUGGUACGAUGACCAAGUUUCCUUCAUGCAAGAUCUUGAAUCCCCAAGGCGCAUUUCUCAGCCUUAUGCAUCAUACCACCAGCACCAACCCUGCAAGCCUGAGCUCAUGGAAUUGCAAUACAACAUACCCCACGAUGCUUUUCUCCAACUUCCUCAACUUGAAAGCCCCAAAGUUACUCAAUCUGCAGCAAGCUUGAGUUGCAGCUCAGUUGUCCCUUAUGGUUAUGAAAACAACAACAAUGGAAGCACCCUGCAGUUCUCAUCACUUACUCAGGAAGAACAGAUACAAUAUUUCCAUCAACAAAAUAAUAACCAUUCUCUCUAUGGUAGCAAUGAUCAUGCAGUUGACCAAGUGACAGAUUGGCGAGUACUUCACAAAUUUGUUGCCUCUCAGCUCAGUCACAACAACCAAGAUGUUUCCAAGGAAAACAGUUAUUCCAAUGCACCUAUCUUCCAUGUGGCUGAUCAACAAAUUUCUGUGGUUGACAACGGGUCCAAAAAGGAGCAAGUUUCCCAGGAGUAUGCUUCAACGUCAACCUCCAGUUGCCAGAUUGACCUGUGGAAGUGAAAAUUUAUAUAUAUAGUAAGUAAAAGAUGCAUAAUACUAAUUAUAGGAAUUACGUACAAGUGAAUGUUGGAAAAAAAGACCAUAUAGUGUUGUUCCGUGUUCUUGUACAUAAUAAAACCAUAUGUUUUAUAUAUAUCAUUAGUUGUUGAACUUCUGGAGGCUGGAGUAUGGACCAGAAUGUAUUCAUUAUAUUAAUACUAAAGGCACUUUAUCAAUUCACAAAAUUCGCCUAUAUUGCAAACAAAUUAGUCCUCAAGGU